AUAUUUUUUGUGCAGAAUUUCAGCAGGGCGUCGCGGUGUAGUGUGUGUAUUUUCUGGUGUUGUGUAGAAUACGUCGGACGCGCGUAUGUGAUGUAGUGAUAUGAAGUGUACUGAAAUGUUAUAAGCGGUAAAUUAACCUGUUUUAUUGGCGGUGUACCGGAAAUGGCUGGUGGGCUGUUUAAUGCUGGAGAGAAGCAGCUCGUUACCGCAGGAUGAGGAUCUUUGUCAGGUCUGUGUGUGAAGAGGUGCUCAGAUACUGAGCAUUAGUGCUGCCUAAUUACCCGAUGAGCUGACGGAGCCGGGUGUGAACCUGAACACGAAGAAGCCGGGCUGUGUUUUUAACGCGGGGCUCGUCACUGUGGAGAGGAGCGCGGUGGCGGCGUAGCGACUCUCUGUACUGAGGCUAGCCGUCUCACCAGCUAGCAGAACUAAACUUUCUUCUGGGAAAAUGCCGUCUUUUAUAUGGAGUCUGCAUCCAGUCGUGCUGCUGUGUCUGUGUGCGUGUGUGUUAGCUGACCCUGGAGAUACUCCACUUCUGGAGGGCUGGCAGGACGUGUGGCUUUUCCGUUUUUUCCUCAACAUCCUCGGCUACGCCACCAUCAUCAUUCCGGGGUACUUUCUCAUUGGCUACUUCAAGCGGAUCAACUACCUGGAGACAGGACGAGGGCUUUGCUUUCCUGUAAUAAAGGCGUGUGUGUUUGGAACUGACUCUAAGACUCCACUACUGGAUGAUGCAUCUGUCACAGCCAGAAAUGAGGCAGAAUCCAGUUCAUCAGCACGGCAAGCCUUUAAACUUAUCUUCUGUGCAGUUGGACUUCAGGGAUCAUAUUUGACAUGGGGAGUCCUUCAGGAGCGAGUGAUGACUCGUUCAUACGGAGGCUCUGAGACGGAAGGUGGUGGAGAACGCUUCAGAGACUCCCAGUUUCUGGUGUUUAUGAACCGCAUUCUGGCGCUGACUGUGGCUGGGCUGUGCUGUGUUGUGUUUAAGCAGCCGAGACACGCAGCCCCCAUGUACAAGUACUCCUAUGCCUCCCUCUCCAACAUCCUCAGCAGCUGGUGUCAGUAUGAGGCCCUCAAAUAUAUCAGCUUCCCCACACAGGUGUUGGCCAAAGCCUCCAAAGUCAUACCUGUGAUGCUGAUGGGUAAGCUUGUUUCACACAAGAGCUACGAGUACUGGGAGUAUUUCACAGCCGUGCUGAUCUCGGUGGGUGUCAGCAUGUUCCUGCUUUCCAGCCACACCAACAAACAUCCAUCCACAGUCACCACUUUCUCCGGUGUCAUCAUCCUGGCCGGAUACAUUGUGUUCGACAGCUUUACCUCCAACUGGCAGGACAACCUGUUCAAGUACAAGAUGUCAUCGGUGCAGAUGAUGUUUGGGGUGAACCUCUUCUCUUGCCUCUUCACCGUGGGUUCUUUACUGGAACAAGGAGCAUUCUUCGAGUCUCUAGCCUUCAUGUCUCGCCAUUCAGAGUUCGCCUUCCACGCCAUUCUUCUGUCCAUUUGCUCGGCCUGCGGCCAGCUCUUCAUUUUCUACACCAUCGCACAAUUCGGCGCAGCUGUCUUCACCAUCAUCAUGACCCUGCGGCAGGCCAUUGCCAUUCUUCUCUCCUGCUUCCUCUAUGGUCACGCUGUCACCUUUGUGGGUGGCCUCGGGGUGGCUGUGGUUUUCCUUGCCCUUUUCCUCCGCGUUUAUGCUCGCAGCCGCAUGAAAAAGAGCAGCAAACGUGCUGCCCAGCCACCUGUACAGAAGGUCUAGAUGAAGGAUACUGAAAAGCAAAAAUUGUGUACGAAAACCACGUUUUUAGUGGUUCAGCCUGUUCUGGGUUUUUGGUCGUUUGUUCUGUUUUGGGGUUUUAUUUUGCCUUUUGUGUGUGUGUCAUUUGUACUCUUUGUACAUAUACUUAUAUAUGUGUAAUAAGGUACGGAAAGGGAGAUCUUUUUUUAUUGUUAUUAAUGAAAGGGUAUUUGGGUUUGACUGCUGUCCUGUCAGGAGAAAUGAGAGGGGAGUAGCUUAUGUACUGCGUCUGUACGUGCGUGUGUGUUGCUGAAUGAUUCCAUGGGUGUGAUUUAACUGAGCCAGUGACAGGUCUUAACUUGUUUGAGGUUUUAUUUGUUGUGUUGGAUAGAUGCUAAACCCAUUUUUUUUAAAUGAUGGCUUAACAACAAAAAAACAUACAUGUUCUCCUCCUUCAUCCCAAAUGUAGUUGAAUAAGCCAACUUAUGUUAAGGGUCUGAAGAAUCUGUAAGGCUUAUGUAGCAACAAGUUAAUGACCAAGUUUCUUCCCCAAGAUACAUGUUUAUUUCUUACAGAAUUGUUUAAUAGAAUCUAAUAAGUUUUAAAUUUAAUUAUGACUUUAUGCCCCAAUUGACUGAAGCCUUCUGAGUUGUAACAAAACUCACAAUGAACCGUUUCACAUUAAUACUUAGUAGUGCAUUUAAACAGAUAAGUAAUUAAGGAUUUUUCGUGUUGUGUGUUAAUUGGGCAAGUGCUGAUAUGAAAGGAGUGGGUUCAGAUAUUUAAAAUUAAAUUUUCGUGUACAAAUCUGCAGAUGGAGAUAUACAAAUCUUUGUUAUAAAAAUUUUAUAAAAUUUAGAAAAUUGUAUCUAUGUCCACUUAUGUCCGAUCAGCGUUACAGAUAACAUUGAUUUGUAAAAUGUAAAUUAUUUGGUUCAUAUCGGCUUCAGAUAUUGGCCAUCAUACCACCCUGUCAUAAAAUAUGUAGGAGUUUGAGAAUUCACACAGAUUUUUUAGCUUUAUUAUUUUAGUUUGGUUUAUUUGUUAUUUCUGUGGUUUGUUUUAUAGGUCAAAAAAUAAAAGCCACCAAAAACACUACACAAAAAACUUUGGACAGCAGACAUAUCUUGGUUUAUUGACUACAAAAAGGGUACUUUCACACCUAAAAGUCCAGAUCAAAAAUUAUUUUGGUUCAGGCCAAACAAAAAACAAACGUCUUAAGGUCCAGCCUAAACAAGGCAGGUGUGAAAGCACCCUUAGCAUGAAUGAGAAGAUUGUAAAUGUUUCUUUUUUUGUUUUGUUUACAAUUUAAAAAGUUGAACAGGUUAAGUUCAAGUCACAAUAGUAAUUUCUGAGAACAUUAUAUUUCUUGAAGUUUAAUAUAUUUGACAUGUUUGUUUAGUCAGAAAUCUGGUCCUUAUCAGUUCCCUAAUAGUGAAGCAAAUGCUUUUGGAUUUGGAUGCUCCUAAUCGAGGGUCUAGUUUUUGUUUUUCAUUGUGUUUAAAACCAGAGGCCAUUGAGCAGAUCCUUAACAUGGUUGGAUUGGUCGUAGACUCAAUGCUAAAUCAUUUUUAGCUACAGACCACGAGUGCCUAUUGAACAAAAAAAAAUUGACUUUAUCGGUUUGUGUGAAUGUGCUGAUAGUGACCUCAUUAGGUAAUGGUUAUAAAGUAUUUAAUUAAUUACCUGAUAGAAACUCCAUAUUGUCACCUAAAAGGUAUUUAAAUGUACAUUACCACCUUACCUGUACUCCAGGGAACGCCCUCUGCAAAUGCCUUUUGGAAAAUCGGUUAAAGCUUGUGGUGAGUUAAUUGUGUGUAACAGGCAUAACUUUACUCAACACUGAUUUGUGUUUUGCACAUGCAAAUUUUACUGAUCUUGUAAGGAUGUUUUAUCGCAUGAGGUUUGAUUUCUUCUUUGCUGGAGUCAAGAUCAGGUGUGACAUGACUGUGUUUCAUGACACUUUUUUUUUUUUUUGACAACUUUUGAGGUACAUUCCAAAUGGUGCUAGUUCAGAGGGUUUGCAAUACAGUGCCUGUGAUUCUGCUCCAGGACAAAUAUGAAUGCAACUCUUUAGUCAGUACCAGAGUAACAGUUUGUUUUGUUGUUUAUUGUCUCAUGUCAUGUUAAAUAGUUAUGUAUGAAGAAGAGUACCAAGGGACCCCUAAAGGAAUACUCCAGCAGUUUUAACCUCCCUCUGUUUUACAAAUAUUGGUCAUUAUGAGACAUGGCUUCUUGUCUUAAAAUUCACUUAUAUUAGAAGUCAAUAUGCAGUUGCUGAAUUUAAAAAAUGAUGCCUAACAGUAUAUUUGAAACUACAAGAUUUCAAGAAGAAUUUUCUUUAAACAUUAAUCAUUUUACCACAGAAUUGCCAGUGAACUGUCUCAAUACCUCAGUAAAUACAAAGCCACCAACCUGUAAAAAACAAACAAAAACUUCACAAGCUUGUCUUAACUGUAUAGUCUGAUAUACAGACAAACCUAAUAUUUGUUAUGACAAGAGAUUGUUAAAAGGAGGAAUAUAUUAUUUAACUAUUUUCUAGAUGUUCUAGCUUUUAAAGUAAUUUCAAAUUGUGCUGAUCUAAUAAUGACCGAUAUUGGAUAUUAUGACUGAUUUAUGAUUAAGGCUAGAGAUCAGGUUAAAAAUGCUGAAAUAUUUUAACAAAUUGUUCCAUUAGCUAGCUCACUCUGAUUGUAAUACCAUAGGGCUGCUAUUGUGAAAUCUGUUUUUUUAGGAUUCAAGCACUCGUUCCUAAACGAGGCGGUCAGCAUUUUCAGCAAGGGCAUAGAAAUGCACUGCAUGUUUCUGGUUGAAGCGGUCUGCUGCAGUCCAAGUGAAGAACUGGACAUCCAACCUAUCAAAAAUAUGUAAAAUCAUAAACAUUUGGAAGUGUGUGUGUUUUUUUUUUUUUUUUUUUUUUUUAUAAAGCUUGUUCUCAAUAGUUUAGCCAUUGUAUAGAUUAUUUAUUUUGGUUAUGUGUGUGUAGUCUGAUUUCUCUUACUUUGGGCCGUAAACAUUUAGGUGUUUUUACUGGAGACUAAAGAGAAUCUACAAACCCGUGGUUUGAUCUUCCGUCAUGUUUCUUUAAACUGGUAGAACAUAUGAAUCAGGAUUUUUGCCACUGAAGUAGAUUCCUGGGAAACACUACGGUUUGAGUGUAAUGUUUGUACGGUUUGAUUUAUGGGAGAAAACUGUGUGCAAUAUAGGUCCACCUUUUCUGUUUUGACAGGUUCAUUUUUGAGGGAUUGGUGUAUUAGAUCACACCAAAUGAGAAAGUGAAGCACCAGCAGUGAUGAAGGGUUAUACUAAUAAUAAUUUAGCAGCAGCCUGAGUGUACUCUGUAAAUGUGCGGUUCUACCUAAAUUCUCACAUUCAGUUAAAAGGGUACUUUUCUUUCAUCAAAGUGUAUGUUUAGGUCAUGUUUUGAUACUCUAAGAGGACUUUUAAUUUGUAACACCUUCAUUUUAAUGAUCACCUUUCAUCUCAGAUAGGUUGACGCUCAAGGUUGCUAUGCAAAUGAAAAGGAGAAAUAUUUUAAAGUGGACGUCUCUUCUGAUUCUGAAAGAUUGGUGAGUUGACAGCACAGUACUAAGGCAGUAUCUUGCUUUCAGGUACGCACACCUGCACUGUGCAGGUUAGUACACUGUUGACACCUUCAGUACACACAUUAGAGGGUCUUUUGUAUUGUUGUUGUUUUUCUGCUGUGCAUAUGCGUGUGUGUGUGUGUGUUGCUAUGCUGCUCUCCAGGAGAGACACCCUGUCUUGCCCAGUGUGUGAAUGUUUAUGGUCGGGUUUGAAGCCGUUUCUGAGUCUUUUCUUGUUUGGGAAGAAUGUGAACACCAUGGGUGUAGAGGACGAGAGGAAAUACAAUAUAACUAAUGUAUUCUGUUUUUACUUUUUCUUUGUUUUUUUUUUUUCUUUUUUAAAGGAUGUAUUAAUUAUGUUAGGCGAAUUAAAUUAAUUUGAAUACUCAAAAA